AUGAACGGGUUCUCAGCUCAGGGCCUCGACGAGGACGCCUUUGCGGAGAAGUCGAGCUUGAAGGGUGGCCUUCAAACAUUCGAUGCCUUCCCAAAGACAAAACCCUCCUACACCACCCCGUCCCGCCGCGGCGGCCAAUGGACCAUCCUUAUCCUCGUCAUAUGCACCGUCUUCUCCCUCACUGAACUCCGCACCUGGCUCAAGGGCACCGAGGCACACCACUUCACCGUCGAAAAGGGCGUCUCGCACGACCUCCAGCUCAAUCUCGACGCCGUCGUCCGCAUGCCCUGCGACGACCUGCAUAUCAACAUCCAAGAUGCAGCCGGUGACCGCGUCCUUGCGUCCGAGAUGCUAAAGCGCGAACCAACAAGCUGGAAGCUAUGGAUGGAUAAGCGCAAUUACGAGGCCUUCGGCGGUGGUAGGGAAUACCAGACGCUUAGUCGUGAGGACGAGGGGCGCUUAGCGGCGCAGGAAGAGGACGCGCAUGCGAGCCAUGUGCUAAGUGAGUUGAGGCGCAAUUCGAAUAAGAAGUUCCCAAAGGGGCCGAAGCUUAGGUGGGGAGAACAGGUUGAUUCUUGUCGGAUUUAUGGUAGUCUGGAGGGAAAUAAGGUCCAGGGCGACUUUCACAUCACGGCGCGCGGGCACGGCUAUGGCGAUGGGAAGAAGCAUUUGGAUCAUUCUGUCUUCAACUUCUCGCACAUGAUAACAGAACUCUCUUUCGGCCCUCACUACCCAACCAUCCUCAACCCGCUCGACAAAACAAUCGCAACCACCGAGUCCCACUACUACAAAUACCAAUACUUCCUCUCCAUCGUUCCAACUAUCUACUCGCGCAACCAAAAGCUCCGGCUAGACAGGCUCCCCUCCUCCCUCGACCAAGACCGCCGAAAACACAACAAGAACCUCAUCUUCACAAACCAGUACGCGGCGACCUCGGCAUCUGACGCCCUCCCCGAAUCCCCCUACCUCAUCCCGGGUAUUUUCUUCAAGUACAAUAUUGAGCCGAUCUUGCUUCUCAUCAGCGAGGAGCGCACGGGUUUCUUGAACCUGGUAAUUAGGCUUGUGAAUACCAUCUCCGGUGUUAUUGUUACGGGCGGUUGGCUUUAUCAGAUGAGUGGCUGGGUCGCGGAGCUGAGGAGGAGACGUGCUGCGAAGUCCGAGGGGUAUUUGCAUGGGAAGAUGACUGAGGAGUGA